UGAUAAUCAUGCCAUUUUCAUAAUAGACUUUCAACCUCAUAAUAUCCAGGUAAUACGAAAUUCGCAAAAGUGAGUACAUUUACUAUUGUUAGUUAGCCAAACAUACUUAAAGAGCAAAUAAGGUAGGAACCAAGACUACGAAUUGGGAUUUGUUUCCAGAUGGACGGCGAGCUAUUUCUAUGGUAACCAGAGAAGCCAAACCGCCUUACAAGGAUUGUCAAGUUGGAAGGAUUGUCAGCCGUUGUACAAGUUGGAAGGACAGAGCAUGGCUAUAAAUCUGGACCAAAAGGUUUUGCUUAAGCAUGUGAAUCAGUUUUGGUCAAUGCUAGACGAGAUGUCUGAAUCAAACCCAGAGGCUUAUCGGAAAUUUAUAAGGCACAAUAUGGAGGAGGGCAUUGAACAUUGUGCCCCACCUUGCCCACACACCUGUGUACGAACCAAAAUUAUGGAACCUGAAGAAGACAUCUUGUACAUCAAUCUGUGUACGUGGAACAGAGUGCCACCUCCCAGCUCUGACCUUGAACCUGUGCCCCUAAGAGCAGGACAGUUAGAAAAAGUAACAGAGGAAAAUGAGGUCUACUGGUUGAUCAGCAUUGCUUAUAACCCAAAAGUCCUGCAGCAAGGUGAGCAAGAUCAUGCUGUUAUGGACCAGCUGAUUGGCUUUGCGAUGAAGUGUACUGAACAGCACCAUGGCUUACAUUUGUCCAAGUCCUACUCCAUGACAAAGGUCAAGCUGAAAGGAACCAGUAGAAGAAUGAAAGACAGUCUAAUGAACUUUACGCUGCCCACCCCAACUCAUCUGGAUAUUAAAUGCACAGGACAGCAGAAGUCUCUGGAUCAGCAGAUCAGAACUCUUACUCUUGGAGAUGAAGCGGAGCCCAUUUGUUCUUUACCUUUUUUCGGUCAACAGCUGGAAAAUCCCAAGAAAACUGGACUGAUUGAGGUGAUUUCAAGCACAAAUUUCGACAUGGAGCCACCACAGACUCCCAAAUAUCAUCUGUCUACAGUUAAAAAUAAAAAUAAUGUAGAAGAGAAAAUUGUACUGAGUGUGGAACUUCCGGGGGUACAUUCAGUCUCAGAAUGUGACCUCAGCAUUUCACAGGAUGAUGUAUUGAUUGAAGUGAAAGACAAAUAUUUCCUUCAUCUGGACCUUAGUAGGAAAAUCAAUGAUGAGUCCGCAUCAGCAAAAUUCAACAAGUGGACUCAAGUGCUGUUGGUGACUCUGUCCAUACAAGAAUAAUGAAAGAUACGUUAUAGCUGUGCUCAGCACAAAAUAAAGAUUUGAGAUAUUUGGAAGACUGUCAUUUCUGCCUUUACUUAAUAAAUUGAUCAGAGUCACUGUUAAGACAUCAGGUCUGGACAUAAAAGGGCUGUAUUGCACGUCCUGCUGCAUGUCACAUGUUUACUCUGCAACUGGAUGUUACUACAUUACAUUGGUUGGAUUUAGUAGAGAGUAACAUUAAAAGAAAGAAAAAAUCAAGUACUUUUAACUUGCUAAGGUGAACAAUGUUACAUCUCAAGUCUUACAUCUCCAUUAAGAAGACCGUGUUUAUUAAGGAGCAUUUCUGAUUGCAUUAAGCAUACAAUUAUUAAAGAAAAUCAUGGAUGUUGUACUUGUAUUUAUAAAUAUGGAAUUUUUUGAUAAGAUAAAACACGUUACUAAAUAUUUUGUGUUGCUUGCAUAUGUCAUUGACAUAAAAUUAGAAGCAUAGAUAGUUGAGACCACACAUUUCCAUAUACCUUGGCUAAUGGCUUUGUGUUCAAUUAAUUAGAGGGUCUACUUUAUUUCUGUAAGUGGUGAUAUCAAAUAAAUUGCUUAGUGACUGA